CUUACAGCUCCAGUGUCAUGAUGCUGUCCAGACCAAAGCCUGGGGAGUCUGAGGUGGACCUACUGCACUUCCAGAGUCAGUUCCUCGAGGCUGGUGCAGCCCCAGCCGUGCAGCUGGUGAAAGGAAGUAGAAGGCCUGGUGAUGCUCAGCCAGAAGGGCUCCCACCGCUGGACCGUCGGGAUGUGGUGCAGAUGGACAAUCUCCCAGAUUUGCCCCCUGCUCUGGUUCCCGCUCCUGCAAAGAGAGCUAAGCCUAACCCUGGCCACCACCUGCCUCACGAUGAAGACCCUGAGGAGAGGCUGAGCAGACAUGAUCAGCACAUCACCACUGUCUUGUCUAAGAUCAUUGAACGAGAUACAAGUUCAGUCACUGUGACUCUGCCUGUGCCCAGUGGUGUUGCUUUCCCACCUGUGUUCCAUCGCUCACAGGACAGACAGGCGAAACUGGCAGCAUCGGGUAAGAGGAGCAUCUUUGCCCAAGAGAUUGCAGCAAGGAGGGUGUCAGAAAGCAGAGUUUCAUCAGCUAAGCAAGCUGUCCCCAACCAAGACCCAUCACAGGGUGCUGUGCCCUGUGACACGCCCUCCUCUAGGGACAAUGACAGCCAGCUUGCAAGGCCUAGCCAUGGCUUCCACAGACCGAAUUUGAUCACAGGGAAGGGGCUCAGGAGCCAGGCAGCUGAGCAGGAAGUCCAGACCAUCCAUGAAGAGAAUGUAGCAAGACUGCAAGCCAUGGAUCCUGAUGAGAUCCGGAAGGAGCAGCAGCAGUUACUGGCUCAACUUGACCCCAGCCUGGUUGCCUUCUUGAGAUCUCAUAGCCAUGGCCGGGAGCAAACAGGAACAAAGGCCUCGAUGGAGCAGAGCCCAGGAAGACGCUCAGGUCCUGUCGCUAAAGAAGAGCCCAUCACAUCAGCUUCCACCAGUGAGCCCAAGAUGGAGGAGAAGCUGGAGCCAAGAGCCCCAGUACUGACGCUGCCCAUGACCCCCCACAAAGAGUGGCUCCAUAUGGACACUGUUGAGCUGGAAAAGCUGCACUGGACCCAGGACCUGCCCCCGCUCCGGCAGCAGCGGACGAAGGAGAGAAUGCAAGCCCGAUUCAGCCUUCAGGGAGAGCUCCUGGCACCUGACGUGGACCUGCCCACCCAUCUGGGCCUACACCACCACGGAGAAGAGGCGGAGAGAGCAGGGUACUCUCUCCAGGAGCUGUUCCACCUGACCCGUAGCCAAGUGUCUCAGCAGAGAGCACUAGCACUACAUGUUUUGUCCCAGAUCAUCAACAGGGCCCAGGUUGGUGAGUUUGGGGAUCGCCUGGAGGGCAGUAUCUUGCGCCUCCUCUUGGAUGCUGGUUUCCUCUUCCUGCUGCGCUUUGCCCUGGAUGACAGGGUGGACAGUGUCAUCGCAGCAGCCGUUCGGGCUCUUCGCACUCUGCUAGUAGCUCCUGGAGAUGAGGAGCUCCUUGACAGCAGCUUCUCUUGGUAUCACGGAGCUUCGGUGUUCCCUCUGAUGCCUAGCCAGGAGGACAAAGAGGAUGAAGAUGAGGAUGAAGAAUCCCCAACAGAAAAGGCCAAGAAGAAGACCCCUGAGGAAGGAAGCCGCCCUCCGCCUGACCUGGCCAGGCAUGAUGUCAUCAAGGGGCUCCUGGCUACCAACCUGCUGCCUCGGCUUCGCUAUGUGCUGGAGGUGACCUGCCCAGGACCCUCUGUGGUCCUUGACACCCUGGCUGUGCUUAUCCGCCUGGCCCGGCAUUCCCUGGAAUCAGCCACGAGGGUUCUGGAGUGUCCUCGGCUAAUAGAGACCAUAGUUCAAGAGUUCCUGCCUACCAGCUGGUCCCCCAUUGGGGUGGGGCCUACUCCCAGUCUAUACAAAGUGCCUUGUGCUGCUGCCAUGAAACUGCUUAGAGUCCUGGCUUCAGCUGGGAGAAAUAUUGCUGCCCGGCUGCUGAGCAACUUUGACAUCAGGAGCCGCCUGUGCCGAUUCAUAGCUGAAGCUCCACAGGAACUGGCCCUGCCCCCUGAGGAAGCAGAGACACUGAGCACUGAGGCCUUCCGGCUGUGGGCCGUGGCCGCCUCCUAUGGCCAGGGUGGUGACCUUUACAGGGAGCUGUACCCAGUACUCAUUCGGGCCUUGCAGACGCUGCCUACAGAGCUCAGCGCUCGUCCCCCACAGCCCCUGUCCAUGCAACGGAUGGCCUCUCUGCUCACGCUUCUUACCCAGCUGACCCUGGCUGCCAGCAGCAUACACCCUGAACCCACUAGUGGCUCUGCUGAGUACUGUGUGUCAGCCACACCUUCCGCAGUCACCUGGACGCAGGUGUCUGGACUUAAGCCACUGGUCGAGCCAUGUCUGAAGCAGACCCUGAAGUUUCUACCCAGACCCGAUGUGUGGUGUGCCCUGGGCCCAGUGCCCAGUGCCUGCCUUCUGUUCCUGGGUGCCUACUACCAGGCCUGGAGCCAGCAGUCAAGCGUGUGCCCAGAAGAUUGGCUUCAGGACAUGGAGUGCUUGUCGGAUGAGGUCCUACUGCCACUGCUGAGCCAGCCUUCUCUGGGCAGUCUGUGGGAUGCCUUAAGGCUCUGUUCCCCGCUCUGCAACCCGCUGUCUUGUGCUUCUGCCCCUGAAGCUCUCCCCAGCCUUGUGUCACUGGGCUGUGCAGGAGGUUGUCCCCGUCUCAGUGUGGCUGGCACAGCCUCACCCUUCCCGUUCCUCACCGCCCUCCUCUCUCUUGUCAACAUUCUGGUCCGGACCCACAAGGGCCUUUGUGGACAGCUGGCCGCUGUGCUGACUGCACCAGGACUCCAGAACUACUUUCUCCAGUGUGUGGCUCCUGUGCCUGCCCCACAGCUCACACCCUUCUCUGCCUGGGCCCUGCGCCACGAGUACCACCUGCAGUAUAUGGUGCUCUCCCUAGCCCAGAAAGCGGCAACAGUGCAGCCAGAGGCAGCAGCCAGAACAGCUCUCCACCAUGCUCUGGCCUUGAUCCUGCUGAGCCGCCUGCUGCCAGGAAGUGAGUACCUCGCCCAAGACCUGCUGCUGAGCUGUGUGUUCCGACUGGACUUCAUGCCGGAAAAUGCAUCAGGGGGUCCAGAGGCAGCUGACUUCUCUGAUGGACUGUCCUUAGGGAACAGUGGGGAGCCUCAGUGUAGACGAGGAGCUCUCCUCGUUCAAGCUUGUCGGGAGCUCCCCAGCAUCCGCAGCUGCUACCUGGCCCACUGUUCCCCAGCCCGCGCCGGUCUGCGGACCUCCCAAGCCUUGUACCGUGGGGAGCCGCUGCGAGUCUCAAGCCUGCUACUGCCUGUGCCCAAGGGGCCACUGCUGCCCACUGACUGGCCCUUCCAGCCGCUGAUAGAUCUCUACCACCAGGCUUCAGAUAUUCCCUCUGGGCUGCCUGCUGCUGAAUCUGUAGGCAUCGCCACGCGGGUCCUACAGUGGGUGCUCGUUCUAGAGAGCUGGCGCCCUGAGGCCCUCCGGGCUGUGCCUCCUGCCGCCCGCCUGGCACGGCUCAUGUGUGUGUACCUGGUGGACAGCGAGCUAUUCCGAGAGACUCCCAUACAGCACCUGGUGGCAGCUCUUUUGGCACAGCUCUGUCGGCCCCAAGUCUUGCCAAGCCUCAACCUGGACUGCCCGCUCCCUGGCCUGACCUCUUUUCCUGAUCUCUAUGCCAGCUUCUUGGACCAUUUUGAGGCCGUCUCCUUUGGGGACCAUUUGUUUGGUGCUCUGGUCCUCCUUCCUCUGCAGCGUCGGUUCAGUGUCACCUUGCGCCUCGCCCUCUUUGGGGAGCAUGUGGGAGUCUUGCGUGCACUUGGCCUGCCUCUGACUCAGCUGCCUGUGCCUCUGCAGUGCUACACAGAGCCUGCUGAAGACAGCCUGGCUCUCCUUCAGCUCUACUUCCGGGCCCUGGUUACUGGCGCACUCCGCCCACACUGGUGCCCCGUCCUCUACACUGUAGCUGUGGCUCAUGUCAAUAGUUUUAUCUUCUCCCAAGACCCAAAGAGCUCAGAUGAGGUGAAAGCUGCCAGAAGGAGCAUGCUGCAGAAAACAUGGCUGUUGGCAGAUGAGCGGCUGCGGCUGCAUCUCCUCCGCUAUAAGCUCCCCAACUCCAGCCUCCUGGAGGGCUUUGAGCUGUAUUCCCAGUUACCUCACCUGAGGCAGCAGCACCUUCAGACGUUGCCCACCGAGGUGCUCCAGAAAGGAGGAGUGAAGACGUAGGGCACUUGCCACCAGCUGGAGACGAAGGUUCUCC